ACCUCGUCACGAAUGGAAGUCGGUGAAGGUGUAAGACGUGUUAAUUGAACUAUUUUUGGAAUUUGGACUUAUUCAUAUGAUGUGUUCCUGGUUUGUUACAAAAGUUGCACCUGAAGCUUCAUCUCAAUUCCCGAAUUGGCUUCAAUGGAGAUACCUAAGAUGAAAGUUUUCGUAUACGUUUUGACUUUCUUAGGUUAUGCUUGGAGUGGUUAUGGAGCCGGUAUAAUAAGCAAUUUGCGCGAUGCUGUGCUUGCCGCAGAACAUGUUUUUGGCGAUGUUUUUGAGAACAUCGUUACACUUGCUAAGAAGUUUAAAAUUGUUCAUGAAGUAUUUGAUGCAGCUGUAGAAGAGGAGUGUAAAUUUACAUGUCCAGACGAUGGUAGAGCAGUGAAAAAUAAGUACCACAAGCCAAGUAGUGAUGGUUGUGGCUCUCUUGGAUUGGAGAUUCCAACAGGAAAUCUGCCAAUGAGUGAGAUGACAGAUUGUUGUAAUGAUCAUGAUAUUUGUUAUGACACUUGCGGGCAAGAUAAGGAACAAUGUGAUUUUGACUUCAGGCGAUGUCUGUACAGGAUAUGUGAUAAAUAUGAGGCUACAGCUGGGAAAACAGUAGCAAAAGGGUGUAAAGCAGCAGCCAAGAUGUUGUUCACUGGCACAAUAACUUUAGGGUGCAAGUCGUAUAUAGAUAGCCAGAAGAAAGCUUGUUACUGUACGCCACGAAAGAAGAAAUACACCACAGGUGGCGAGUAUAGCGAGCUCUAGGAAGCCACGGACAGUUAGUGCAUGUUCUUAUUACGCAGUAUUUUGUUCCUUCCCUACUAACUUCGUCUCGUUGGUGACCACGUACGCAGUCAACAGAAUAAAGUUGUUGCCGAUGGGUGCUAUAUCGUCUUUUGCGUUCUUAUGUGCACGUGUCUAAAUACUGUAAAUACCAUACACAUAUGAGAUUGAAAUGUUUUGUAUUUACUACAGUUUAAUUACUUGUUUGUAGUGAUUUCAGGAUUGCUUAGUUGGUAAUGCGACUGGUUGUGAGGUUCGUGUUCCAGUUCCAAGUAGAGAUAGCGAUUUUUCUUUUUGACACGUACUGGCAGUUUUUUUUUUUCGUGGGGGACUUUGCGAUUUACACGAGACUUACUUUUGUAUGACACUUGUGCUUUCAAAUGUCAGUGUUAUGCAUAAUAAUUACUGAAAAUCAGCAUUGACAACUGAACAAACUUGCUUUUAUUUUCAAGGGUAACCUGAAACUGUAGUUGAUUUUAAAAGCUUCACUGCCGUGAGAACCUCAAAUCUCAUGCCUUGCCUCUUAUGUGAAAAUUACGUUACGCAGAAUCUGUAAUAAUGACUAGGCCGUAUUCAUGAAACCGGAGCGUACCGUGAGAUUGAUUUAGAGGCAGCUCUCUUCUGAUACAUGGCGGCUAGUGGAUCUUAAUUUUGUGUUGAGAUUAAAGGCUAAAAUAGUGAGUGUAAAAGCACAAAGUUUUAGUUAAUGUUAAUGUUUCAAACUUAAGAAAUGUGCAUUUAUGUGAUUUCUAACAUUGUAAUUUUUCAAAGAUAUUGACCGUUAUUGUAUCAUGUGAUGAUUAUUUUGAGUUUGCAAAAUAAAUAUAAAAAUUCUGUAUUGUU